UAACCCUUGUCCUAUCUCAAGGUACACUUAAUAACAUCAGCUAAAACAGCGGGAUAGCGUGUGAUCGCCGCUGCCUGCGGUCCGUCUGUCGAGGGAAGCAAAACAGCGGCAGAAGAAGCCAAAAGGAGGGGUCGCGACUUGCGAUGACGGAAGGGUGCAUUCGAGCAGCGGUCGACGCUAUCCAUUCCACCCCCACUAAGGCCGUCGUCUACCUCUCCGGCGGCGCUUCCCAGGCUCUCGGAUGGCUGAUGUCCCUCCCGGGGGCGUCCAACACGAUUCUUGAAGUCGUCGUCCCCUACUCCAAGAAUUCCAUGACCCAAUUGCUCGGCAAGCAGGUUUACCAGUUUUGGGUGUUGGAUUUACGGGGUCCUUGGCUACUACAUAUACAAAACAUGGAGACCACAGAUUUUACUUGUCUACCCGAACAUGUGAUCGUCUUUGGACAUCAAGUGUUACUUUGUUGAAGGGUUUGCGAACUCGAGAAGAAGAAGACAGGGUUUCCAGUCAUUUCUUAUUAAAGGCAAUUUCAGAUGCCUGCAAAGUUUCUGCCACUUUUAGUUCAGAAUUGUAUGAAUCUGAAGUACCCGAUGAAUAUGAAAGGCAAGUUGAUGAGGAUGAGGAGCUACAACAAAUUAUUGAUGGGAAGCUUUGCAUGAAGAUUUAUGAUUUUUCUGGUGAUAAGGACACAGCUUCAGAGAGGAUGGUGAUAUUGCCAGGUUCAUUUAAUCCAUUGCAUGAUGGACAUCUGAGACUCUCAGAAAUUGCAUCAAG